GAUGGUUACUCCCACACCACAUUCUCUUCUUCAAGUUGUUGGUGCUGAAGUUGAAUUUGGUGGCUACCCACUUCUUAUUAUCACCAUAUUAUGUCGUCUUUAUUCAGUAGUUUGACAAAAGCUGGUGUUGGUUUGUUGGCUGCAAGCAGUAUACUCCCACUUGUUCUUUACAAUGUUGAUGGUGGACAUCGUGCCGUAAUAUUCGACCGAUUUAAAGGUGUUAGGCCUGAUGUAAGAGGGGAAGGAACACACUUCAUUAUUCCAUGGGUUCAGAAGCCUAUUAUUUUUGAUAUUCGGUCGCGACCAAGAAACGUGCCUGUGAUGACUGGUUCAAAAGAUCUACAAACAGUGAAUAUAACCUUGCGCAUAUUGUUUCGCCCUGAGCCAUCUACUCUACCAAAGAUUUAUCAGAACCUAGGUUUUGACUACGAGGAACGUGUUCUUCCUUCCAUUACCACUGAGGUGCUCAAAGCAGUGGUUGCUCAGUUUGAUGCAAGUGAGCUUAUAACGCAGAGAGAAUUGGUCAGUCAGAGAGUGAAUGAAGAUCUUACCCAACGAGCUUCAUCAUUUGGUAUAUUGUUAGACGAUAUUGCCCUGACACAAAUCUCUUUCGGUCGAGAAUUCUCAGAAGCAGUAGAAGCCAAACAAGUUGCUCAACAAGAAGCUGAACGUGCACGAUAUUUAGUAGAAAAGGCUGAACAACACAAACUGGCUGCCAUUAUAUCUGCAGAAGGAGACUCAGAAGCGGCAACAUUACUUUCCAAAUCUUUUGGAUCUUCAGGUGAAGGUCUUAUUGAAUUAAGGCGAAUCGAAGCUGCUGAAGAUAUUGCUUAUCAACUUUCGAAAAAUCGAAAUAUCACUUAUAUCCCUGAUGGUCAACAUACACUCCUUAACUUGCCUGCUGCACAAUAAAGUCUAUUUGUUUAU